AUGAAGCCCACAUUCCUCACCCUCCCCCUUCUAGCUACGGCCAUCCCUCCUCAUGACCGCGAUGCCUCACGAGUCACGAAUUUCGGCUCGCAAAGACGAAUAGGCGCCGAAUAUACACAGCCUUCACAAGAUGCGCCGUCUCCCCACCUCAAGAGCCUGGUAGGAGCGCUCGAGGUGAUGCAAGAUGAGUACUUCGAUACCUUCUCCGGCACCUGGCCUGCCGCCAUCGACUGGACCGCUGCCGUCAUGGGCACUCAGGUCUCUGCGACUCUUUCGAGCAUAGUAUCCUCCUUCGAGCCUGUGAUCGAUCGAUGUCCCGAUGCGUUGUGGUGGCAGAACAUUAUCAAUAAGUACUUUGCACAUACCUCGUUCUUCUACUUUGGCGAGAAUGCGUUUGCGCUGCGCAAUCAGGCAUACGACGACAUGCUUUGGGUCGUUCUCGGCUGGCUCGAGAACAUCAAGUUUUCCGAAAUGUAUUCGGCCCGUCAUUUUCAGGUAUUUGCGCAUCAGCAGGUUAGUUUUGCGGGCGAUUGGCACGGCCUACAAUUGAGCCCCAUGGCGGCACAUCGAGCGCGUAUUUUCUACGAUCUAGCAUCGGAUGGUUGGGACGAGUCUCUGUGUCACGGCGGUAUGAACUGGAAUCCCUAUUUGACGCCCUACAAAAAUGCCAUUACGAACGAACUUUUUACAUCAGCGAGCAUUGCGAUGUAUCUCUACUUUCCAGGAGAUAACAACUCGGCCCCAUUUUUGCAGUAUACGGGACCCAGCAUGGUUGACAGUAUCGCGAAACCACACAACCCCCUCCAUCUCGAAAACGCCAUCAAGAGCUACAAAUGGCUCCAAGAGUCCCGCAUGACCAACCGCGCCGGCCUCUACCAAGAUGGGUAUCACGUAACCGGCUGGCACCGCUAUCCCAACGGCACCAUCGACCGGGGCACCGGCGAGUGCGAUGAACUCAGUACCAUGGUCUUCACCUACAAUCAAGGCGUCAUACUGUCCGCCAGCCGUGGUCUCUGGAUGGCCACCGGCGCUCGUAGCUACUUGGACGAUGGACACGCAUUGAUCGAAAGCGUCAUCCGCGCCACGGGCUGGCCAAGUCGAACCAAGACCUGGCACGGCUUGGGACGAGGCGGCGUCAUGGAAGAGUACUGCGAUCACCGCGGGCAGUGUAGCCAGGACGGCCAGACCUUCAAAGGCAUCUUCUUCUGGCACCUCGCCGAGUUCUGCCGCCCGCUAUGGGCGACCGAAGAAGACUUCAUCUCCGUGCAUGCCCAAACUAGCUUCGACCGCAGCAUCUACCAGUACCACCUAGACCGCUGUGCCGCCUACAAGAAAUGGAUCAUCCACAAUGCCGAGGCGGCGGAGGCCUCUAGGGACGGAAGCGGCCGCUUCGGUAUGUGGUGGACCUUUGGCGAGCUCGACGCCGAGACUAUGCGGGAGAUCAUCGAGUCGACGCAGCUGCCGGACGGCGCUGAGGAUCUCGUCAAUCCGAAGUACGCGGACGGGCAGGCACCACGGGUGGAGAACGGCGACAUCAACGACCGAGGCCGCGGCAGGACUGUCGAGACUCAGGCUGGUGGAUUGGCCGUGCUGAGGGCAAGGUGGAAUUGGGAUAUAUACUACUAA